CUGCAGCCCUGCAAGGAGUCUCCCUCCUUCUCUGUCUCUGGGUGUCUCCCCACGUUGAACGCUUGCACUUCUCGCCCAGGUGUGACAUUUUUGGAGUGCAACACUGGAACCGCAACCUGCCGAGAAGAUGACGGACCCCACACCGCCAGACUCCACCGCCGUCCCGGACCCGGUUGUAGUAGUGGACCCCACGGUGGUGAACGGGCAGUGCGAGCAGGCGGACUCCCAGCAGCAGCAACAGCAGCAGCAGCAGCAGCAGCCCAACACAGAAAGUCAGGGAGAAGGUUUAAAGAUGGAUCAGGAGAUGAAGAUAACAGACAGCAUAGAGGACGGAGGCCUUCUGGAGAGCAGCAUGCGUCUGAAGCCUCAUGAAGCACAAAGUUACCGCAAGAAAGCUCUGUGGGUGUCUUGGGUGUCCAUAGCGAUCACCAUCAUCCUGGCCAUCGCUGCUUUCACUGUUUCCAUCAUGCGCCACAGUGCUUCAGCUUUUGGAUUUGCUUUUGACGCCACGCUGGAUGUGUUGUCCUCUGUUAUUGUACUUUGGCGGUACAGCAACGCUGCAGCCGUCCACUCAGCACAUCGCGAAUACAUAGCUUGUGUUAUCCUGGGUGUGAUUUUCAUCCUGUCCUCCUUGUGCAUUCUGGGUAAGGCCAUCCACGACCUCGCCACCAAGCUGCUACCUGAAGUGGAUGACUUCCUGUUCAGCGUGUCCAUCAUCAGCGGCUUGGUGUGCAUCAUCCUGGCCAUAAUCAAGUUCAUGCUUGGCAAAGUGCUCACGAGCCGGGCCCUCAUCACUGAUGGAUUCAACUCACUGGUGGGGGGAAUCAUGGGCUUCUCCAUCCUCAUCAGCGCUGAAGUGUUCAAGCAUGAGCCCCAGGUGUGGUACCUGGAUGGGACAAUAGGCGUCCUCAUAGGCCUGAUCAUCCUCGCCUAUGGAGUCAAGCUGCUGCUCGACAUGGUGCAACGGAUCCGACAAACCAGGAACUAUGAGCGCUUUGAGUAACAGAACGCGGAGGAACAGAGAGAGGGAGCAGAGGAGGGAUGGAAGGGGGCUGACUGACUGACUGACUGACAGGAGAGGAACAGUCUCUCCACAGACUAUCACAUUCAGUCCUCGAGGUGCCAGUGGUGUCUGUACUGUCCUCCCAUUCAAAGAUUUGAACUGAGGAUCCGGACCGAUGAUGACAUUCUUGCCGCCUUUUAAGUGUUUUACAAUUUGGUGUACAUAUAAUAUAUUUAUCUGUCUUUUAAAAGAGUCUGUUCCUUCAUGCCUCCAUAUUCAAACAAGAGCGUUAUGAAGGCAAAGGGAGUUUAACUAAGGUGAAAAAGUUGUUGACACAGUUGUAGAAGAGAGAGACGAGCUCGUACAGGAGGCACUUGGACCUCGAGAGUCUAUAACUCUUCAGAAGCAACAGAUUUUUGUACAGCCAGUUGAUGUACAGUACCUCGGUUACACCUCAUCGCCCUGUCAAAACACAGCAGUUUAUUUUCCCAUGGUUCCUAGAGGCCUUUGCUCAGCUGUGCUAUAAAAUGUCGCAGAGUGGCAGGUGAAGCUGAUUGAUGUAGCUGAUGUAGCAGCGCAGGAUUUAUGGUGUUUUACUUUUUUUAUGACCACAGAGGAUAUAUCAAUACAAGGCCCAUUUGGCUUACAGAGCAGGUACACAAGCACAGAGGCUCAGCACCAUGUGAUUUGCUGUUUACAGUAUUUAUCUAGACUGUUGUGGCGGGAGCAGGAGCCUCCAGUGGGCAGUGUUUCAGCAGCAUCAUGCCAGCGCCAGCUCACAGCACAGGAUAGAAAUCAGUGUUUCUGGCACCCAGUUACAGAGAGUCAUGACCUGACUGGAAAUGUUACACAAGGAAAAUGACAGAAAGGAGCUCAGUGGCUUUUUUUUGUGUUUGAAGUUCAAGUGACAAACCUGAGAAUAUCAUUUGUACAUUGACACCGUGCGCCAUCUACUGACCAGAAGAGGUACCUGCCUGCUGUACAUGUGACUAUAUGUGAAUGUGUAUCUAAUACAGCUAAGUACAGACACAUGAGGUCAAAGAAAGCUUUUGUUUUGAAUGAAUAUCAGUUCCUGCACACUGCCAGCGCCCUUCAUCAGGCAUCAGAGUCACAAUAACAAACAACUUUAUAUUAUAAUGAAAUGCAAAAGAACCAGGAUUUGUGUAGUGUUACCCGCAGUGUUUGGUGACUAAUCACAGAGACAGUGGAGGGUCAUCUGUUGAUCUGUGUCACCUGGGCCUCCCAGACUUAACGAGCUGGCCCAUGUGCUCACUCUGUCUCUGUUCCCAAAGCUGAUGUCUUCUUUCUGUGCCCUUCAACGCCUCCACAGAACAGUCUGAGCCCACACUGCAGGAGGUGUCAUGCAGGGGAGCAACACAACACAGGGCUGCUGUGGCGUCUUUGGAAAACGCGUUAAGGCUUCCCCGCCUGGGCUGCAGUGCAUCUAGUUGUUACCACUGCUACUGACGACGCUCUAUCAUCUACAACACAACGUCACAAAAUCCUACGACACGGCGACCC